ACCUCCACGGAGAACAAUAACAACAACAACAAUGACAAGACAGACUCAUCCUCCCCGCCCACAACGUUGGCCAUGGCACCCACACCCUCGCCCGCCAGCACGCCCACACCACCCGGGAGUCCUGCUACGCCCACGAGCCACGCCCACAGUUCUGCGCCGCCCAUUACCGUGGACCCAGGCGCACUGGUCAUCACGUCCACGGACAGUGUCUACGAAAACGCCGCCAAGUUGCUGUUUUUAGGCGUCAAGUGGGCGCGAUCUAUCCCUUCCUUCAUGCAGUUGCCGUUCCGUGACCAAGCCAUCUUGUUGGAAGAAUCUUGGAGUGAACUGUUCGUGGUGGCCGCAGCUCAGUGGUCCCUGCCUCUUGAUGAAGUGAGCCUAGUGAGAGGUGUAGGAGCCUCAGCGGAGCAUGAAGCUGGACUAGGGAGGGAGGUAGAGGCCAUGCGUGACGUCAUCAGCAGACUACACGCUCUUCGGGUGGACCACACAGAGUACGCCUGUCUUAAGGCUCUUAUACUCUUCCGUCCCGAGGCUCGGGGACUACGUGACGGUUACGGUGUUGAGGUGUUACAAGACCAGACUCAGCUUAUGCUCCAUGAGUACUUGGCCAGCAAGGUGUGUGGUGCAGGUGGUCGCGUCAGGGCAGGUAAGCUCCUCCUCCUCUUACCUGCUCUCGGCCAUGUCUCCGCUACGGCCAUUCAGGAGAUCUUCUUCAAACGCACCGUCGGCAACACCCCAAUCGAACGGGUCCUGUGUGAUAUGUUCAAGUCCAGCUGAAGUUGUUAUUUGACAGUACUGGGUGACGUGUUCAGUCCAGCUUCAUUCGUCACCUAAAGAAGUCCUGUUUGACAGGCUCAAGUCCAGCUGAUGUAAAUAAUAUAGCGUUCAGUCUUAUAUGGCCUACGUCACCCCCCCCCCAUUAUAUUUACAUGGAAACCAGUUCAAAUAGUGACGUCACA